AUGGCAAGAGUGUGGAUACUUUAUGCGUUAGCCGCGCUCCUAGUCCUCCCCUCCUCCGCCCUCUAUGGCGACUUCUGCGCUUCAGCUGCUGACUGCAAGGACGCGCGGUAUCCCCACUGCUACGUCUACUGGAAGGACACCACUCCUACCCUCAACACCAUCUCCUACUCCGACCCAACGCCAUCGGCUGGGACCGCGCAAGUGAAGGGUGUUUGUGUGGAGUGCGUGACGGACUGUGACUGUCCUGUCAACGAGUACUGCGGUGUAGGAGAGUUCAAGAUACCCCGAGUGACCUCCACCAACUCUGGGACGGCAGGGACGAGCUCGAACGAAGACUACACGCGCUUGAUGAAACAAUAUGAACUGUAUGGGCUUGCCUUCGAGGGCCUCAACAUCAGCAGCAGGUGCAAGAAGUACGACGUUCCCAGCACGCCAUGCUCUGUCCACUUCGCCGACACCAUCACGUCAACUGUCGUUUCUGAGAAGAGGAGCGACGGGAAAGCUGUCAGCGUUGCUCGGGUUGCCCUCAACGUGCUGUCAAAGCCUCUAGCCAGUAGCUUCUGCGGUCGAGUGAACUCCUGGGCUCCCGACUUCUACCCCUGCUCCGUUGCUGGCGGCCUGUCACAGGACAUCACCAGGUGCAGUGAGGGAGAAACAGAUUCCGACCUCAGCACCAAGAACUUUGCCAACAUGGCUGCCGUCUGCCCUCGGUGGGCGGGUUAUCGCGAUAGCACAAUCGGGGAAGUUUUUGCUGACCCAGCAUGUCAGGCUAACGACGCGACGUUCGCGUCUGCAGGGUGA